AUGAUUUCUGAAAGGGGGGUAUCAAAAAAAGAAAACGACAUAUCUAAAUGUAAGUUCUUAACUUUUGUACCAAUUAUCACUUAUUUAGGUAUCAUCCUUGAUCCCAAACUUCGUCGGUCACCUCACAUUACGUCACUCACAAUUUUCGCCUCUCGUUGGUCUAAUUUUCUUAGAUCAAUAACUGGUACGUGGUGGGGCUCUCAUCCCUCAUGCUUAUUAUCCAUUUACUUCUCAAUUAUACGCUCUAAAUUGGACUAUGGUUGUUUCCUUUUUGGGUCAGCCUCUUUUUUUAAUUGGAAAAAACUUAACAAACUUCAAAUUUCCUGCCUCAGAACCAUUAUGGGUUAUGUAGAUUCCACUCCAUGCCCUGCCAUUGAAGUCGAAUCUAUUUGCCCGCCCUUCAAUAUUAGAUGUUGUUGGCUCGCUGGUAAAUUUAUUUUGAAAUCAUUAUCUCAUAGUAAACACUUAACUUUUGACAUUUACUAUUCUUUAUAUCUAAAUUGGCGCUAUGUCCCCAAAUCCACUCCAGUCUUAUCUAUUAUCGCUAAUUUCGUUUCGUGUUUCCACCAAUUCAUCAUCAACUCAGUUAAACUUCCUCUUUAUGAGCUUCCAUAUGAUUCAUUACUAUGUUCCCUUCAUGUUCAAUUGGGUCAUCAAUUUUCUGACCUUUCCUCCAAUGAUUUCAAAUCGAUGUCUUACUCCAUGGUAAAUGCAGCUUUUUCAAACGAUCUUAAUAUACAGUUUCCCGAUUUUAUUAUUAUCUAUACGGAUGGAUCGGUAUCACCUCUUUCUGCUGGUUAUGCUUUCCACAUUCCAAAAUUGCAUUUAUCUUUCACUAACAACCUCCCUCCAUCGUCUUCCUCCUUCUCAGCUGAAUGCUAUGCUAUCAUCGAAGCUCUAACAUUAAUUCUUAACUUCACCCCUAAUAAAUAUUUGAUAGCCACUGAUUCUAUGUCCUGCCUACAAGCUUUAGUUUCCAACUCUUUCAACUCUCAAAUCUCCCCUCUUGUUCUUCGUAUCAAAUCACUUGUUUUCAACCUCAAUCAAUCUAACUACACGAUUCACUUCCUUUGGAUUCCCAGUCACACUGGUAUUCGAGGUAACGAGAUUGCUGAUAAUUUGGCUAAAUCCUCCUCCCGUCUAAUUUGUCCCUCUCUUACACAUCUACCACAUUCUGACUUUAUCCCAUUUUUAAAACACUACCAAUCUAACCUAUGGUCUUCCCAUUGGCAUAACUUACCUGCUGAGUUCGCUUCGAAAUACAGACAUACAACGCCUAAUAUCAAAAAAAAAACAAGGUUUAAUAACUUAAAUUUACAGAGGUCUCAUAUAGUCCAUUAUAAUCGUUUACGGAUAGGACAUUCGUUAUUACCUAGUCACUCAUUUAAACUUGGACUAAACGACUCGCCACUUUGCUCACUUCAUCCAAAUGAGUAUAUAUGUGACCUUCCUCAUAUUUUAUUUAACUGCCCUGCUCUCCGACUUAAAAAACUAAUUCUUUUCAACACUCUUAUGUCUCUUAAUAUUCCCAUCAAUCUUUUUUCCAUCUUAAACUCUAAUUCUGAAACAGCUAUGAAAUCAAUAAUUGCCUUUAUACAGGAGGCUGGCUUUAUUAUAUAG